AUGGCCCAUGAGCGAGUGGGGAAGCGCGUGCGGGUGUAUUGGUCUGACGAGGAGGAGUGGUUUGAAGGCACCAUCCAGAACUACGAUGAGACCCAAGGAUACUACGUCGUGUAUGACGACGGAGACGAACGGUGGGAACUCGAUGGACAGCCGAUGCUGGUGGAAGGUGAAGAGGAAGCGCAGACGAACGAGAACUACCAGGCGCUGACUAUUGAACGGGAUCCAGAUCGAACGCCUGAAAUGAUGGAGCCGCCAACUUCACCAGGAAGCGACUAUGACGACGACUACGAGCAAGAAGCGAACCGCGAUAAUGGUUUGCAGGAGAGCAGCGAUGACCGCGCGGGCCUUGAUGACGGGGCCGACAGCGAUGGCGGCAACAGCGAAGGUGAAGCGUCGGUCGCAGAAUCGGAGAUGCCUCAGACUUUUGCCAAAACUGCAUCUAAAUUGUCCCCCGGUAGUACAGGUCGACCUCGUUCUACCUCUGCCGUACCUUCGACUGUGCCUGUUCCAGUCAAAGGACUUCUGGAGGGGAGGGUACUACGCGCUACUGGCCUCCAAACAAACAGAGCGCUUGCUCCCAGCGCAUUUGUACGGGUGUCGUUUGUCGAGUCUGGUGACACAACGCACGCGAGUGCCAUGCUUCGUUGCAAGGAGACACUAUCCACCACGAGUAUCAUUCGAGGCUCCGUCAGUCCUGUAUGGAGUGACAACCCGUUAAGUGAUGCUGGUGGGGAUAGUUCUAAUGGUGACUUUAAACUUGAAUUACUUCCCAAGAUCAUCCCUCCUGCAACGAAACCCGCGUGGCACCAACUUCCAGGCGAUGUCCUGUUCACCGUCUUCUCAGCUUCGAGGUCUGACAACAGCUCUCGCACGGGAUCAAACGAGCACAUUGGCCAAGCAACUGUAUCCUUACGAACUCUAUUACAAGACCUAUUAACCACCUCCCCAUACACCGUACGCGUCCUUGAGCUUCGAUCUCGCAGCGGAAAGCGUCUCGGGUACGGGAAUGCUUCAACGAGGAGCCUCUUCGACGAUGGGAGGCCUGAAGCUCCGACGUUAGUCGCAUCGUUCCGCUUCAUCCCAAUGUACGAGACCAAAACCAAGCAAACGGUACCUCGCUCCUUGCCUAGUGCACGACAGGAGAAGGCUUACACUGCAAAGCGAACGAUACCAGCUCAAACGAGCAGCAGUUCCAUAAAUCGGCGACGAUUUGAGAAGCAGGUCGCGAAAGAUAAUCGAUCUUUUGCUAAGCGACUGGAAUGGAAAGAGGCUCGACGCACUCGUCAAUCCGCACAAGCUAAAGCUCAGGAGAAGAAGAAGGUGACUCCACCGCAGCAUGGAGCGAGGAAACACGGACACAAAGCCUCAUCUGGGAUCAACCGGACCAAGUACGUGCAGCAAGUUGCAGCGGAGAACAAGGUGAUAGGUAAGCGGCUGCAGAAUAUCAUCGGUAGUGACGAAGGUGCUCGAAAUCCUGAGAAGUUUUCGAGUUGGGCAGCAGCGGAGCCGAAAGAUAGCGCAGACUGCGACUACAUGGAUCGAGACAAGCUGCAUGCACAGGACAAGCGCUGGCAGCGACAGGUUGAGCUCGAUUUCCUAAUGGAAAAGGCCCAAACCAAGUAUCAGCAGCAAAAUCAAAUGGUGGAGGAAGUCAUGGAGCUCCAAGAAGCGGUUGCAUCCUUGAAAACCCAAGUGGAUACGCUCAACAAGAGCGUCCUUCGCCUCGAUAUCCUGAACAAGAAGGACCAGCACGUCCGUGACUGUCUACUGCGUGCUGCUGUAACGUCAGGAAGUAAGCCAGUGAAGGUAUCACCCCGACCGCCCACCUCCAAACUCUCGUCCAAGGCAAAAACCGAGAGUAGCAACAACAACAACCAAGAAGACGGCGAAACUUCAGGGAAGUACCGCAAAGAGGAAGAAUGGGAGCUUCUAACGCAACACAGAGAUCGUCUUCAAGCGGACAAGCUGAAGCUAAGUCAAGAGUUGAAGGCUCUUAACCAACAAGACCUUGAUCUUGAUAAAGAAAUCAACGACCAGCAAGCCAAGUGGGAACAUGCAAUAGCGACGCAGCUCUUCCAUCGGCAAAUGGAGAAGAACAACCCAAUUCAAGCGCAGAAGGCGGUUCAGGAGAUGAAGAGGAGACAGAAAGCCCUCGAGCUGUCGCGAGAGGAGGAAGAGCAGUGGGCGUGUUACCAGGCGCAUCAAGAACUUACCCAACUCCAAAUCGCCAUCCAGAUACUCAAAGACCAGCGCGGUGACGAACCUCGUCGUUUAGCUGCUACGAGAGCGUCAAGUUCCUCCUCCACCGCGGUCUGUGACUACCUCAUGAAGAAAAUUGAGAAGCAGGAGACCAAACUACUGCAGCUUCAAGCAGAAGUAGAGCAACGGCGCAAAGACUACCAUGCUAUGCUCGCUAGUGGCGGCAACGAGAGUCUACGAAGGCGCGUACAGGAGCUGCAAAAACUCGUGUUCCUAUGCAAGACGCAAGCUACACACGUCAAGAAGGCGGAGCGGAUUGCACAGCGCAAAGGGGAGCAAGUCGACAUGGAGUUCCAGCGACGCAUGUUCAACGAGCAAACUGAAACAGAGAUUGUAUUGAAGAGACCUCAUAAGCAGUAA